GUCCACGCACACACUCUCUCCUCCACUCCGCAACAGUAUCAAAAGCAUCCAUCUCCUCCAUCCAAACCACUCCGGAAGAACACCACUGCAUCGCAGCAACCAUUCAGUCGCAACCAUGGCAGCAACUGACUCCGUCCCCAUCAUCAAGGUGUUAUUCACACUGCACCCUGGCAUGGACGCUCUGGACUUCGUCGGCCCGCUCGAAGUCCUGAGCCAUGCCAAGCACAACAUCAACGACGACUCCACCAAAGCCUUCUCCACGACCUUUGUCUCCCUCUCCGAACACACUGUCUCCGCCCAAGGCGCCAGCUUCCGCGCCCACAUGGACUUCAAGGAAGCCUACACUCGGCUCUCCGAAUUCGACAUCCUGAUCAUCCCCGGCGGCGGCGUCGAUCCCGUCCUCAAAGCCAAGUCCGAGCCGCUCGGUCUGAUCCGCGCCUUCAGCGACAUGCAGAAGAAGGACCCGAAGAAGGAGCGCACACUGGUGUCCGUCUGCACCGGCAGCUUGUUCCUCGCGCAGGCGGGCCUCCUCUCGGGGCUGAGUGCUACCACACAUCCGGAUGCGUAUGCGAAGUUCGAGAAGAUAUGCAGCGAGAUCUCGCAGCGGGAUUUGGCGGAGCGAUGUGAUGUCGUUGAGGAGCGAUAUGUGGUCAAUAACUUGCGCUUUGAUCUUGGUGAUCCGGAGGAGAACCCGUAUGUUCGCCGCAAGAGCGAUGCGAGACGUCCAUCCAUGGGCAGAAAGGGCAGCAAUGCGUGGAAGGAGAGUAAUGCUCGUCGGGAGAGCAAUGCCAGACGUGCUGCGUUGAGACUCGGUGGGCUGAGGGUCAUUACCACCGGUGGCUGUACCUGUGGUAUGGAUGCUGCGUUCUAUUUGGUGAGCAUUAUGGUUAGUGAGGAGGCGGCGGCCGAGGCUGCGAGAGUGAUGCAGUAUGAUUGGAAGAAAGGCGUUGUUGUUGAUGGCAUUGACAUCUAAGGCGUUUGGCGUUGGCUUGGUAUUACUUGUGCAGAUGCAUAGAAUACUAUACAGCUAGACGAAUAUUCUGGGAACCCAAAACAGGGAAUUAAGGAACAGGUACUUGGCAGAUCGGAUGGCUGGUAGCUGUCUCUUUUCGAAUCUCAUCUCAUUGACAACCGUAACGCAAUAGUCACUGGUAGCUGCUGUGUCCCCAGCUUCUCCAACCUUGACAGGCGUCAAAUCUAAUCGUUGUUCACCAAUC